AUGGCAGCAGCUCCUGUUCCGGACUUCCAUAGCAUUGUUCUUUCUCCCUCCUUCACGUUCCUCGUUGGGCCGGAACAUGCAAAACUUACCAUUCAGUCUGGUCUUGCCAAACAUGUCUCUCAGCGGCUCGAUGAAUUGAUGAACAAUGGUCACACGCGCGAGUCACGACAUCACAUCGCGGUCCUGGAGGAAGAAGAUGUCGAGACCUUCGUCGGGUUCUGCGAGUAUGCGUACACCGGUGACUACACUGUUCCAAAUCCCAAGGCAACUUCGAUUGGACGUGGGGGAAACGAAGGGGCUGCAGGGUUGGCUUCACCAUUAGCUACCCCUACUCGUCCCCCUGCGCCCUCGCCGCCAGCCACUCCGCAGCCGGGUGAGGAGCUGCAGAUAACUGCAGGAGACGGAGGUGAGGAAGGUGAAGGGGCAGCAGAAGGAGGAGAGGAAAAGGUGGAAGGAGAACAAGAUGGUGAUGUAAAUCAAGAGUCUAGCAAAGGCAAAAGGGUGAAAAGAGGGAAGAAGAAGCAGAAAGGAGGGGCUGCAAAGGGUGCUCAGGGUCUCGACGAAGGCCCAGCAGCAAAUCUGACCCCACCAAGAACACCUCCACCAAUUGCAGAAAUAGCACAACAAACACCACCAGCAGAAGCAGUAGAUCCCACCAAUCUUGACGAAACAGCAGUGCCAAAUCCUUGCAUACCCCCUUCAGAAGCAGUCUCUGCCGCGCCCGACUGGUUCGACUUCGAAGCGACCCCUAAGCCCGAAAUGCUCAGACCCAACUCUGCCUCCCAAGGAUCCUUCAUUUCCUCUAAAUCCCAUGGCCUGGGUCUAUGGGGCGAAUUCGCCUCCCUACAAUACAUCCACCACCAACCUGCGUCCGGUGGCAUGGCCCUUCCCUCCCCUCUCUCCCGCAACACACCAGGCUACGGCAUAGCCGUUUCUGGCACCGAACCCAUCCCCUACCUCCUUUUCCACGCCAAGAUAUAUGUCUUCGCUACCCGCUUCCAAAUCCCAACCCUCGCCCAACUUACCCUUCAAAAACUUCAUCGCGACCUGAUGUCCUUCCCACUCUCCGCAACGACGGACAAUCUAGGCCCUUCUAGCGCUGCAGCAGUCAUCCAGCUAUUGCACUUCGUUUUUACCAGGACAACACGUGAUGACCCCGUCUUCACGCUGACGGGCCCGAAUCCGACAGCACACAGGCAGAAUGAGCUGCGAAAACUGGUCACGCAUUAUGCUGCAUGCAAAGUGCGGGAACUAGUGAGCUACGAGCCGGCGGCGCCUUCGUUGACUGAUAUGGAAUCGAUGGAUACAUCGCAUUUGGGCUUUAGGGAUUUGCUGGAUUCGCUGGGAGAGUUGGCGUCAGAUUUGGUGUACAGGAUGGUCUGA